GAUAUCUCUAGUUUUAAACUGACAUAUUUUUAUGGAGAUGUUUUUAUUAUUAAUUAGAGUUCCGACUGGAGCGUGUGGUGAAGCAACAUUUGUCAAAACAAUUCUUCUUGUUGUGGCGGGGGGAGCGGAUUGUGACGGGAGGCCUUCAUGGGGUGCUUGCCAUCUCUGUCUAGAUGGGGAGGCCGGAGUAUGAGAGAGUAGCUGUAUGAAUGUUUGGAGCUACCGUGAAGCCAAGGCAAAGUCGGGAGAAUCCCCACGGGAAUGGAACAGACCCUAAAUCUGCUGCAGACGUGGCGCGUUUCUGAAGUCUACAUAUCUGCGCGCCCAACAGGCCUUUUCUAAUUCAAACGCAAUGUGCGGUGCUACGGCUCACUGUGUAUGGCGCGCAUAGCUAUGUUGCAUUUGUGUUACUUGCCCAUGUCUAGUUCACACUCCAGUGAGUUGCUAUGUGAGGUUUCUAAAUGGCAAGUUGUUGAUGGCUUUAAUUGUGAAGCUUCAGAAGGUAGAUGAUGCUCGUUUAGCUAAGCGGUUUCAGAAGGUAGAUGAUGCUCGUUUAGCUAAGCGGUUUCAGAAGGUAGAUGAUGCUCGUUUAGCUAAGCGGUUUCAGAAGGUAGAUGAUGCUAGCCUGGCUAAGCUAUUUGAGAAGGUAGAUGAUGCUAGCCUGGCUAAGCUAUUUGAGAAGGUAGAUGAUGCUAGCCUGGCUAAGCUAUUUGAGAAGGUAGAUGAUGCUAGCCUGGCUAAGCUAUUUGAGAAGGUAGAUGAUGCUAGCCUGGAUAAGCUAUUUGAGAAGGUAGAUGAUGCUAGCCUGGAUAAGCUAUUUGAGAAGGUAGAUGAUGCUAGCAUGGAUAAGCUAUUUGAGAAGGUAGAUGAUGCUAGCCUGGCUAAGCUAUUUGAGAAGGUAGAUGAUGCUAGCCUGGCUAAGCUAUUUGAGAAGGUAGAUGAUGCUAGCCUGGCUAAGCUAUUUGAGAAGGUAGAUGAUGCUAGCAUGGAUAAGCUAUUUGAGAAGGUAGAUGAUGCUAGCCUGGCUAAGCUAUUUGAGAAGGUAGAUGAGACUAGCCUGGAUAAGCUAUUUGAGAAGGUAGAUGAUGCUAGCAUGGAUAAGCUAUUUGAGAAGGUAGAUGAUGCUAGCAUGGAUAAGCUAUUUGAGAAGGUAGAUGAUGCUAGCAUGGAUAAGCUAUUUGAGAAGGUAGAUGAUGCUAGCCUGGCUAAGCGGUUUCAGAAGGUAGAUGAUGCUAGCCUGGCUAAGCUAUUUGAGAAGGUAGAUGAUGCUAGCCUGGCUAAGCUAUUUGAGAAGGUAGAUGAUGCUAGCAUGGAUAAGCUAUUUGAGAAGGUAGAUGAUGCUAGCCUGGAUAAGCUAUUUGAGAAGGUAAAUAAGCAGCAGACCGGAACAGUGAGUGAGUUCACUAUUGAGAAUAAUAUAAUAAUAAUAUAUGCCAUUUAGCAGACGCUUUUAUCCAAAGCGACUUACAGUCAUGUGUGCAUACAUUCUACGUAUGGGUGGUCCCGGGAAUCGAACCCACUAUCCUGGCGUUACAAGCGCCAUGCUCUACCAACUGAGCUACAGAAGGACCGAGAAGUUAUGCAGAGUGUUUGAGGAGGGCAACACGUUGGUGUUGCAGGGCCAGUUCUCUGGAGUUGGGCCAUAGUGUCCCUUUCUCACAUCCAGCAACGUUUUAAAAGUUUUUAAUGGCCUAGGAUCACACAGAAUGUUUAUGCCAGUCAUGUCCAGAGUGUUAGGCUACAGCUCUUAAAUGGCACAGUUGAAACACCUUCCCACUGACGAGAUGGACAAGCCAGCACCAAUCAGUGCGCCCUACGUGCUCACGAUUGAUACAUGCUAAAGUCUGACCUCAAAACAUAAAUGCAAAAACCAAAGCCUGUUACUCAACUGCUAAGAAGAGAACAUGUUUUAUUGUUCUAAUUUAAUUAACAACAUUUUGCAUAGAAGAAGAAGAAAUCUAUUUUCUAUAAGUAUGUGCUGUCGCUUAAAGAAAUGAAUGACAUCAUUAGUGAGGCAGAAUGUGGCUGUGGAAGACUGACAUUGUGGCUGUGGAAGACUGACUUUGUGGCUGUGGAAGACUGGCAUUGUGGCUGUGGAAGACUGACUUUGUGGCUGUGGAAGACUGACAUUGUGGCUGUGGAAGACUGACUUUGUGGCUGUGGAAGACUGACAUUGUGGCUGUGGAAGACUGACUUUGGCUGUGGAAGACUGACAUUGUGGCUGUGGAAGACUGACUUUGUGGCUGUGGAAGACUGACAUUGUGGCUGUGGAAGACUGACAUUGUGGCUGUGGAAGACUGACAUUGUGGCUGUGGAAGACUGACAUUGUGGCUGUGGAAUCUGACUUUGUGGCUGUGGAAUCUGACUUUGUGGCUGUGGAAUCUGACUUUGUGGCUGUGGAAUCUGACUUUGUGGCUGUGGAAUCUGACUUUGUGGCUGUGGAAUCUGACUUUGUGGCUGUGGAAUCUGACUUUGUGGCUGUGGAAUCUGACUUUGUGGCUGUGGAAUCUGACUUUGUGGCUGUGGAAUCUACAUAUUAUUACAGACUACUCGGAUAGUGAAUCCGCUGGAAGCUAGGAAAUUAGGCCUACAAUUAAAGCUGGAAGCUCCCAGUAUAUUCUUGCAUUGUAAAAGUGUUGUAGCCUGUAGGGAUAUUGCUUUGUGAACAAUAAUGAACUGUUUCAACAUUUCUACAUAACACACUUGAAUAAUGCAGCAUGUUAACUUCUACACUGCGAGAGCGGGGAGCUAGCGGCUCUAACAGUGAAUGAGUAGGUGGACCAGGCUCUUGGCGCUGUAAAGGGGCUGACCUGACAUAGACUUGUGAUUGGGGCUGCCCUGACACGGACUUGUGAUUGGGGCUGCCCUGACACGGACU